UUAGACGCUGUCUUUUUGCUGUGCUCACGUAGUACUCCUACAGCACAGCCAUUGAGGCGUUAAAAGCUUUUGGGAUUACUUGAGAUUCUUGCCCAUAAAAGCUCGGGCGGUAGUUGCAGUAGAGUGGACUAGUGGCCGCCACACUGAGCGAGUGAGCAGUGUGUCCCAUCUUGGAGAGCAAUGGCGUCGGGGCCGUCUUUGGUGGUGGUGGUGGUGGCGUUGGCAAUGGUGGCGGCGGCGGUGGUGACGGCGAAGGAGUGCACGAACGUGCCGACGCAGCUGUCGUCGCACACGGUGCGGGCGCGGCUGCAGGGGACGCCGGGGGCGGAGGAGUGGCGGCUGCGGGAGCUCUUCCACGAGCACGUCAACCCCACCGAGGAGUCGACGUGGAUGGACCUACGCCCCCUCGCCACCGCCGGCGCCGCGCCAGCGGAGGAGCUCGACUGGGCGAUGCUGUACCGGGCGCUCAAGGGCGGCGCCGUGGGCUCGUCGUCGGCGGAGGGGCUGCAGCAGCAGAGGCCGCCGGUGCUGGUGGAGGCGUCGCUGCACGACGUGCGGCUGGACCCCGGCGACGAGGUGUACGGGCGCGCGCAGCAGACGAACCUGGAGUACCUGCUGCUCCUGGACGUGGACAGGCUGGUGUGGAGCUUCCGGAAGCAGGCCGGGCUGCCGACGCCGGGGGCGCCCUACGGCGGCUGGGAGGCCGCCGACGGCGAGCUCCGGGGCCACUUCGUCGGGCACUACAUGAGCGCGGCGGCCAAGAUGUGGGCGAGCACGCACAACGGCACGCUCGCCGGCAAGAUGUCCGCCGUGGUGGACGCCCUCCACGCCUGCCAGCAGGCGGCGCCCAACGGCGGCAGGGGCUACCUCUCGGCCUUCCCCGCCGAGUUCUUCGACCGCUUCGAGGCCAUCCAGCCAGUCUGGGCGCCCUACUACACCAUCCACAAGAUCAUGCAGGGGUUACUCGACCAGUACACGGUGGCCGGCAACGGAAAGGCUCUGGAGAUGGUGGUCGCCAUGGCCGGUUACUUCGGCGACCGCGUCAGGAGCGUGAUCCAGCGGCACACCAUCGAGCGGCACUGGACGUCGCUCAACGAAGAGACCGGCGGCAUGAACGACGUGCUCUACCAGCUCUACGCCAUCACGAAUGAUCAGAGGCACUUGGUGCUCGCCCAUCUCUUCGACAAGCCGUGCUUCCUGGGAUUGCUUGCGGCUCAGGCUGACAGUCUUUCUGGCUUCCACACCAAUACGCAUAUUCCGAUUGUUGUCGGCGGGCAAAUGAGAUAUGAGGUUACUGGUGAUCCUCUCUACAAGGACAUUGCAACAUUCUUUCUGGACGUUGUAAAUUCUUCCCACACCUAUGCAACCGGUGGCACAUCUGUCAGUGAAUUCUGGUACAACCCAAAACGUUUGGCAGAGACUCUGACCACUGAGAAUGAGGAGUCCUGCACUACCUACAACAUGCUCAAGGUUUCUCGCCACCUGUUUAGGUGGACAAAGGAAAUCACAUACAUCGACUACUACGAGCGUGCCCUCAUAAACGGUGUCCUGAGCAUUCAGAGAGGGAGGGAUCCUGGUGUCAUGAUCUACAUGCUGCCCCAGGGCCCCGGAAAAUCAAAGGCAGAGAGCUACCAUGGUUGGGGGACGAAGUAUGAUUCAUUUUGGUGCUGCUACGGGACAGGGAUAGAAUCCUUCUCAAAGCUUGGGGACUCGAUCUAUUUUGAGGAGAAAGGCAGCAAGCCGGCGCUAUACAUUGUACAGUACAUACCGAACACGUUCAACUGGAAAUCUGCAGGUCUUACUGUUACUCAGCAAGUGAAACCCCUCAGCUCGUCUGAUCAGAAUCUUCAAGUUUCACUCUCCAUAUCUGCAAAGACGAACGGUCAGUACGCGACGGUGAAUGUGAGAAUACCUUCCUGGACAUCUGUGAAUGGGGCAAAAGCAACUUUGAAUGGCAAAGAUUUGCAACUAGCAUCUCCAGGGUCUUUCCUCUCGGUCACCAAGCACUGGGUUAGCGGCGAUGAUCUGGAAAUCCAGUUACCUAUUAACCUGAGAACAGAAGCAAUAAAAGAUGACCGGCCAGCGUACGCAGCUCUGCAAGCAGUUCUGUUCGGCCCCUUCCUCCUCGCCGGCCUCACCACCGGAGACUGGGACGCGAAGACCGGAGCCGCCAUCUCAGACUGGAUCACCCCUGUCCCUUCGUCGUACAACUCCCAGCUGGUGACGCUCACGCAAGAAUCCGGCGGCAGCACAUUCGUCCUCUCGACCACCAUCGCCACCUCCCUGACGAUGCAGCCGCGGCCCGAAGGAGGCGGCACCGACGACGCCGUUCACGCCACGUUCCGGUUGGUUCCCGCAACGACGAAGGAGCCUAGCUCGGCGAUGAUCGAGCCGUUCGGCCUGCCGGGAAUGGUGAUCACCAAUGGCCUGACGGUGUCGUCAGAGAAGGGCCCGGGAUCUUUGUUCAACGCCGUACUGGGGAUCGACGGGCAGCCGGGGUCGGUGUCUCUGGAGCUCGGGACCAGGCCGGGGUGCUUCAUGUUGACCGCAGGCGCCAAGGUUCAGGUCGGCUGCCGCAGCGGCAGCGGUGGCGGUGAAGCGGGGUUCCUGAAGGCGGCGAGCUUCAAGCGGGCCGAGCCGCUGCGGCGGUACCACCCGAUCAGCUUCGCCGCCAGGGGGACGAGGAGGGGGUUCCUCCUGGAGCCGUUGUUCACGUUGAGAGAUGAAUUUUACACCGUCUACUUCAACCUUGGAGCCUGACAGUCUUCUCUCCGAGGCUAGACUAGAAGUAGAAAAAGAAAAUAAUUCUUGUGGAAUGUUUGGAGGUGGAAGAGAAUUACAUUGUGGGUUGAUUCUUC